AAUGCUACAUCUUAAGUAUGUACUUGAAACAUCUGUCAAGGAAGAUGAGGAAGGCAAUACAAAAUCUGUUGCCUAUCUACCCAUAAAGAUUGGAGAAUUUGUAACUGAUUCUCAGAACAAUACAAUGCAGUUUAAUAAAAGCUAUGUGUUAAUGGAAGAUUCUUCAGCAGUCCUGGAGGAUAAAGACCAGCUGAUGAAUCUACAAGGUUUUGAACCUAAGGAAAAGAAGCCCCUAGCCUUGAAUUUGGGCCUGCUCGAUCCACAGAAGCCUGUAUCUUUAUGUGGGCUUAAGAGAAAGAACUCAAAGCCUACUGAGGAACUUGAAGAUGAAAUUAGAAAACUCAAGAAGCGAGUUGACGGGUUAGAGAAGGAGCUCCAAAAUGCAUUGCAUCAUAAAACUUCUUUUCACGAUCUAGAAGAUGAAGAAGAAUUUGGCUUAAGCGAUCAUGAUAGCUCUUCCUUCCUGAAUGAUAGCCUGAAUAUUAGGACCAAAAGCGGGAAGCUAUCUGUUGGAACAGACAUCGCAUAUCUGUACUCUGUACCAUUAGUUAGGGAACAUAAUUCAAAGAUACUUUCAAUGGGGCUUCCAAUAGACCAUAAUGCUGAGAUCGAUGAGAUCAUUAAAGUGUUGAAUAAUACCAACAAGGCUGUUGGCUUUAGGAUGGAGGCUGCCACUAUUGAUUCUCUCCAGAACCUGCUAAUGAUAAAGCCCAAAGUUGUCCAUCUAAGUUGUCAUGGAGAGUUUGAUAGAGUUGAAGAUACCUAUUAUCUUGCAUUUGAAUCCAAAAAGGUCACGGGAAUGAUGGAGAAGUUGUCGAUGAGCAGACUAAAGACCCUUUUCUCCACACAGACUCAGUUGAAAUCUAUAGAGUGUCUUAUUGUUAGUGCAUGCCAUUCCCAAAAGAUUGGAGAAAUGAUGAAGGACUCAGGAGUCCCUGUUGUUAUCUGCAUAAAUGCUCCAUUUAAAAUUCAAGAUGAAGCAGCUCGGUGAUUUGGCAAAACUUUCCAUCAAGCUUUGGUUCAAGGUAUGAGCUAUAAAGAAGCUUUUAAGAAUGCUAGGAACUUUGUGAGAGCUCAUCAGGAAGCGCAUGAAAUAUACUCAUGAUGCUGUGCUCACCCACAUAAGCCAGAUUGCUUAUGGAUGGAGAAAGCAAAGGAAGUCGGAGAUUUGCAGGCACAUAUGCUACAUCUCCCAGAUUGUACUUGUCAUUUACCAGGAAACCUUCAUUACUUCGAAGGUAAAAAGCUUUGAGGAAUCGCGGACAAGUUUCUCGAAGAAUAUGCUACUUGGGAUUACUAUGAGCCAAAUGAAGAAAGGCCAGAUUGUACCAAUUUAUGCUGCUGAUCACCAGAGAUGCCUCAUGACGAAAGUAUGAAGUUCCUACUGUUAUGUGACCAGAAAGAAUAUUUAGAUUAUAAGCCCUUUGAAGAUCUUGAGGACGGCCCAAUAAAUAUUAUUAACCAACUUCCAACAGAGAAUGAGCCUGUUAGAGUUGGAAACCUUUCUGCUGUCGGAAGGAACAAAGUGCUCCAGAAUAUUGUCGACACUCUUUCCUACUCCAGUUCAACUGAAUGCAGAUUAGUCCAUAUUUAUGGUAAGCCUGGAGUUGGAAAAUCUUUUAUUGCAAAACACGCUGCAAAAUACUUAUUCGAGAGACACAACUUUAGUCAUGGGUGCGUCUAUAUUGAGCUGAAGAACAAGUAUGCAGUUGGAGAGAAUCUAAGCACUCUUAUAUGUAACAAUCUGGGGCUGACAACAGCUAACAAGGAGACAUUGUGAAGAUAUAUUUCAAAGUCUAAGCUAUUAAUAAUAUUGGAUAAGUCAAGUAAAAUUUCCUCACUCGAUCCAAUAAUGCUGAAUAGGACUAUAGAAUAUUUCUUAGAUAAUACUGACCUCCCUCGGAUCAUUUGUAUCACAGAUAAUAAGAAGGAUGUGACACUUGAACCCUCAUUUCAUUAUGAAGUAGGAGAGCUUGAGCCAGCCGAUGCCUCUCAACUUCUGCUGCUCUGAGCAAGCCAAUACAUUGAUGAGCACAACCGAGAUAUUAAUAAUCUGUCGGCUCAUGAAAUAUUCUCCAUAAUUUCAAGGAAUCCUUCAAGCAUUGUAAGAUUCUCCCAAUUCCUAAAAUCAACACCAAAUACACUUGACGCCAUUGUUAAUAAAGAAAAGGAAAAGAUAAGUGAGUUGAACGCUAACAAUAAUGCCGGCCAAGAAGAAAUUUUUGAGACCGAUGAAAGUUCAUGGGUCAUCAAACAAAGUUAUGACCUUCUAAUAAAGUCUCAUGGUGAUGACAUCAUGAUCCUCUUUGUAAUCUGUCAGUUGCCAAAUGGAGUUUUUGAUAGCGACCUUGAAGCUAUCUUUUCUAAUAUCAUCCCAAAAUGGAAGUACUUUAUUAGUGCCUUGAUCAAACAGAAGAACAAACAAACACUGGAUUGUUCACAUUCUGACUCACAUAGCGAGGAAAAUGAUCAAGAGACUUCAUGGCUGAUCACAUCAGAACCUAUUGAGGAGAUUUGUGUGAAUAGGUACUAUGCUUACCAGAUAGUUUACUCCUUCAUCAACAGGACUAUCAUAACUCAGGAGGAGAGAAACGAAGCUUGUCAAUUGGUUCUAAGACAUUUGUCUAAAUUAUCCAGGAAGAUCAUGAGAUCUAUGAGAAAGACAGAGAUCAAGAUUCUCUCUCUGUCCAAAUUUACUGCAUUAAUAGACGUUGGUUUGUGGAGUGACGUUGACGAUUACGAAGAUCCCAGUAAAUAUUACCGAGACUAUGAGGAUCUGUACGAAGAUCCAAAGGUUUAUUUCUCUUAUCAUGAGCCAAACUUUCAGAAGUUCCUAGAUAUAGAGUUCAUUAGGAUAGCUUUUCCUCUAAAAGAAUACAGAAAUGAUGUCUUCAUGGAUAAGAUCCUCACACCAAGGAUAAGUGAAGAAGAAAGAGCUAAAAACAAGUACAAAAAGGAUCUGAUGGAUAAGCUCCAAGAUCUCAUGAAAACCUUCCCUACUUUGCUAAUUGUGCAGAACAGAAAAGAAGAAGCUUUGUACUGACUAGAAAGAUGAAUGAUUAUCUGAGAGAAAUAUUAUUUCAUUAAGACGAAGGCUAUUCUCACACUGAUGAUAGCCUCGAUUUACCUAAAUGAUAAGCACAGAGAAUAUAAUGACGUGUUCUCUAAAGCUAAAAGUGCUCUGAACAUGUUCAUAGACCAGCACUGAGUUGAAGGAAGAGCUGAAGCAAACUUCCUGCUUGGCAUGCUUUGUAAGAAAAAGAAUAAAAUGAUGGUUAAGCCAGAUAUUAUUAACUUGAAGAGACAAGCCAAGUCUGAAAUUGCAUUUGAAACAAACUUGGAUCAUAUUCCUAACAUCUCAAGAAGUGCUUCAGGGCUCAGACAGGUAACUGAAGAGGAGAAAAACUACCUUAAUGUUGCUAGACAGCAAUUUAUUGAGCUUAAACAUGAUUACGGCCUUGCUAGGGUGUGCCUAGCAGUAGCAUUGUGCGAGCUUGAAUGAUGAGGAUAUUUGGGAGAAUUCCUUCAAGCUCAGGGCGUUGAAUCAUUCAAAAUCUCAACUGAUGAUAUAAUAGGUCUCAAAUUUAAAGAAGGAGGAAUGAACCAAGACAUUGAAAGAUAUCUACUAGCAGCUAUUGAAGGAUUUCAGAAAUUCAGGGAUUAUCAGAACUUAAUAUCCUGCUACCUGAAACUUGGAGAAUACAAACUCGCUGUAAAAGCCUAUACUGAGGCUAAGACCUAUGCUGAGAAAGCAGAUUCAAUCUCCAAGAACUACAAUGAACAAUAUUUCAGAGCUGACUGAGUAUCUCUAUUAGACAGAGUCAAUGAGAAUAUUAGGAAGAAGAGUCUGAAUGUGUUCGUGUUCUUAAAGGCUUUCCCCCUCGUAGACCCCCUUGAUAGGAUGCACAUCGGACCAAUCACUCAGAAGCAUAAUAACUUUAAAGAAACCGUGCUGAAGAAUAUGAAGAAUGAAAAUAAAGUCCUACAAGUAAAGUUCGAUGUGCUUACUCGAGAAAGCUUGAAUAGUAUUAAGAACCAUGGAUGCAGAGUCCUACAUCUAUCAUCCGACGAAUCUAGAAUAGACGAGCUUUGAGCUGAAGGAAAAGAUGGAACCUUGGAUCCGAUUAACAUUGAAGAACUACGGGAUCUUAUCUUCCCAGUUGGAGCAAUGCUGAGUAUUGAUGUAGUAUGACUCGCAAUUCCAAACAGCAUGGUAUUAGCAGAAAUUUUCGUUUCUUUGGGUGUUCCUCAUGUGUUAUGCUUCAAUUUCUCAGAAGAGUUCAUGGCCUCUUCUUCCAAUUAUGAUUCGCAAAUUAAUGCUCCGUAUGAAUGAAUGUAUUCUUUCUGCCAAGAGUUCUACAAAAGACUUGUAAGAGGAGACUCAGUACAAAAGUCUGUAAAGCAUGGAAAAGAUUCUCUAAAGAAUUGCCUGAAAAACAUCAACAAAAAGUUACAGAUCUGCAACCUGACUGAUAAGAUGAUUGGGGAUGGUCCAGUCUUACUUCCUGAGGAUUACGACCAUGAUCAAUCUUUGUAUGGUAACAAGCACUGGGAGAGCACAGAAUUGAUACAAGGAAAGCUAAUUGAUAUGUCCAGAAAUAGAGGACCUACCAAUAUCCCAAAAAUGAUCGAGCCUCUUACUGGUAGAAGAAUAGAGAUGCACAAGGUCUCAAAGUAUCUUAAUGAGAACAAAAUUGUGUCAAUUAAUGGCCCAAGUGGGAUCGGAAAGACCCAUCUUUCACAUUCAGCAGCUUAUUUCUUGAACUGAAGAUAUAAAUUUUUGAGUGGAAUCUUUUAUUUUGAUUUGACAUCAGUAUGCACAUCAGAACAGUGUAAAAGAUUACUGAAGAAUGAGAGAAUCGAAAACCAGAUGGAAAACACUCUUUUAAUCUUUGACCAUAUUGAUGAAAUUUGGAAAAAGCAUGGCCCCCAAUUCCGUUGGUGGGUCAUUGAUCUUGCGGAUCGGUUCAAAGCUACUAUUCUAUUGGUUUCAAGGAUUAAAAUAGCUGAGGAUCUACAGGAGAGUGAUGUAGUUAAAGUGAAAGCUUUAGAAUUAGAACCUUUGAAUGAAUAUGAAAGUGCUGAUUUACUUAUUUCUAAGAUGUCUUCAUCAAAAAGAGUGUUAUCGUUAGAAGAACUAUACUGAGACAUGACAACAAUGACUCUACAUGAAGCUCUCCAGCAUGAGCCUAACCUUCAAAACUGCCAGGGCAUCCCUCAAUAUAUCAUAAUAUUAUCCGAACUGCUUGAAUACAACACUUUUGACACAAUAAACAUCAAACGUGAAUUGCCAAACUGGAUCCGUAAGAACAUCCGCCAGGCUACAGCUACCCAGAAGGCCAACCAGAGCCAGUCUCUGUUCAUGAACUCAAACCCUCUAAGGCACAAGGUGACUAAUACUCAAGUUCAACAGCACCAACAGAAGAAGAGAAAGAGCAAGACCAAGACUAAGAACUCUAAGAAAAAAUUUAAAGAGAAAAAGGAUGACUCUAUGUACCUCAGCAAGAACCAAAAGAGGAAACUCAAGAAGAUCUCCGAACAAGAAGAGUACCAACUCAUGUGCGAGGAGAGAGACAGCAAGUACUUUGAUGAUGAAAAGCCUGAGCCUGAGUUUAAUACACCAAGGAGAAUUAAUAGAAACAAGUUCUUAAAGAAGAGUAAUUCUAGUGUUGAGAAAGAGAAAGUGCGAAAUUUUAACAUAACUAAAUCCCAAUCUACAGUCACUAACAAGUAUAAAAAGACCAUCUCGUUUAACAUGGAUGAUAUGCCAGAAGCAAAACCUAAGAUGAUCCGUGAAGAGUCUAAGUCCUCAAGGUCAAGAGAUGGUAAGAAAGCUAAACUGAAGAAUAAGCCAAAGCCUUGAGAAUUUAUACCUAUCAGGGAAUCCCAGUUGAACAAUUCAGUACUGUUCUCAACUCCAAUGAGGAACAAGGAUGAUUUCUUAAUGCCUGAUAACUCUAAGAGCCUUGAUGUAGACGAGCCAUCGUUGAAAAAGAAAGUGCAGUCUUACAAUAUCAAUGUUAUGAAUAAUUCAAGUUUCGACUUUGAUGAUGAAGAAUUGCACCAUGGGUUGUCUGAUCCCUUACUGAGCAAUAAAUAUAAAACCAGUGUCACUAAUGUGAUACCAGAAAGAGUAUCAGAGAACGUACAGUCAUCUAAAGUAUCAGAAAGUAUCUCUGAUGGGCAAGAGUUCAAUCCCAUGAUGAAUACUUUAUUUGUCCCGAAGCUCUCUUCUAACACAGAGGCAAAGCGCAAGAGGGUGAUUUCGUUUAAAAAGAAUAAGAGUGGACAACCACCUGAUAUUGAUGGGAAAUCUCCUAGCAUUAAUGAGAUCGAUGAGUACUUACAGAACUCCGAUGAUGAUAUGGACGACGAAAGCAUCAAGAAAUUUAUCAAAAAGAACAACGAAAGCCAAAAGUUAAGAAAAGAGAGCAUCGAUGAGCUCCUUGGUGACUCAGAUGAACACGAUGUCGAUCUUGAUAGUCUUGAUGCCCCACAUGAAGAGACCAAAGAAGGUCCGCUCCUCAAAAUGAAGAAGAACCGCAAAUCUGAUGGAAUAGAUUAUAAUGAAGAUUUGAUCAACUCAGCAUUACGGAUUAAGCAGAAAGGAAACUCUACAUCUUCAGAUAAGAAGCCUCCACCUUUCACAUGAAAUGUUACAUCCAUAGCUGAUGACAACCUAUCCGAUGAUCUCAACUUAGAUGGGAGUGUAGACCCUUACGAAGAAUAUGAAGGUAAAUAUAAGAAGGGAGGUGGCGGUUUCAAAGCUUCAAAAAAUUCCAAGACAAAGAAGAAGAGCAAGCCAUCAAAGACCGGCAAGAAAGCUAGAAAUUUUGCUAAGAAAACUAAGAACAAGUACGACCCUGGGGCUUCGAAGCGAGCGGCUAGAGAAACGAGUAAAAAGGAUGAAUAA